AUGUCUAAUGCGUUCUGCCUGGGCUUUUGGCCAAUCGACAAACCUAUCCCUUGGCAUAAGAUCGGCCCAGAUACGACAAUUGCUGGAGGGAAAUGCGAAUGCAACAACCCUCUAGUAAACGAAUUUGCAGAUAUCGUCUUGGAUGGCAUGCCACAGAUGGCUCAGAUCUCAUGCUAUAUUAUGAUGUCAACGCUGAAACUAGUGCUGGAAAUUGGUGUAGAAUUUAUUCCUGUGGUAGGCAAGCCAAUUAGCGCUGGCCUAGAAAUCGCCAAUACGGCUGCUCAAAUGGCAGCAUAUCUUUAUCCCAAGGAAGAAGACCCUGAAGGCGCUUUCUCUUGGUGGCUUCAGCCAUGUGGCGGAACAAACUUGGUUCCGGAAGACAUCAAAAAAGUAUAUGACAUAAGAAAGAUCCAAAAGGAGCGGAAGUGCAGGGUUCCACCAGCAAAAUCAACCAUGCGACUUGGGGCUGCUAAAAACACAUUGAGGAUACAAUCUUGUGUCAACGAUGCGACAAGGAAAAAUGAUUUAGUUGUAACAUCGGUUGUCUACGCACCCAACGCCAAGCCGACUGUUGUGGAGAGAGAAUGUAGCCAAAAAUGGUCUCAAGCUUGCUUCCAUUAUAGUUCGGCUAUCAAGGUCAAUCCGCAAUGGGCUACUCUAACUUGUCCGCCUGAAGCCGCGGCAACGGCGUGGCGCUUAGAUGCAGAAGCUGUGCCAGCCUUCCAGAAGCAACAUAAAGGUGAUAGAUGGCUGGAUGAAGUCAAAUCGAACCCUAAUAAGGUAGAUUGCGACAAAGACGAAUACCCACCUGCAUAUCUUCUAGGACUACAGGACCCAGCCCGCCUCAAUUCUGGUAAAAAAUGCACAGGGACAACUAAUUCGUCUAAUCCCAGGAGGAAUGAAUCGAGGAGCAGGACAUAUGUGGAAAGGAAUAUGUCUUGGUGCCGCCAUCGAAGACAUGAAGGACUCCGAAUUCAAGGCCAAAGUCGAUGCCGAUCCCAACAGGAAGACCAUCAUACAAGGCGGCGUGACAAGAACUCAGGCCGCUAUCACGGCUACAGUUCGGCCAGAAUUUACCAUUAA